AUGGAUCUCUCUUUCAAAAAAAGUCAGAAGCAGACAGUCAGGAGUAAACAGCAAACGGUGCGACUUUGGCUGUUCCAGUGGAAGAAGGUGAUGGCCCGUACCACGCGCUCGCGACGAAAAAUGGCGAACACGACUGAUGCUCCCUCGCCUGCGAGCAGCCUUUUGUCGUCGAGCACGACGGCCCCGUUCACUAGCCCGACAUCGACAACCUACUCCACCGAGGGCUAUACCUUCAAUUACACCGGCCUUCCAAGCUUAGAUGGCUACUCAUUGGAGGAUCUGAAUUACACGGAACUCUGGGUGGACGUAUGGAAUAGCACCGAGGCCAGUAACGUGACCGAGAGGUUAAAUACCACUGUACUAUCAUCGGGAGGAGGCUACUGCGACGAAUGGGAGGCAGCGCAGCACAAACUCUUCCAGGCAGCGAAUCUGUUCUUCGCGGCUGCUUUCCUGGUGCCGCGUUCUUUCAAGGCGUCAGUACUGGCGCUGCGCACCUUUCUCACGGCCGGCUUCAUGCUGGCUGCUCUCUGGGCCGGCAUCACCAUAUGCGCCCUGGACGCGAUGCUAUGGUGUCUGGCACUCGGCCUGCUCAACGGCAUCCACUCGCUCAUACUGGCCUGCCGAUUUCUCCCUCCGGCGCUCAGCCCCGAGCUCGCCGAGCUCUAUCUCAAACUCUUCAAGCCGUACAAGGUCAGCAAGAAACACUUCCAGGAGUUGGCCAAGGAGGCGAGGAUACUGAAGCUGGACUCAGGUCAGACGUACGCGACCGAAGGUGUCACACCCGCCGACGAACGACUGUCGAUACUGUUGCGCGGCAAGCUGAAGGUGACUUGCGACGGGACACACCUGCACUAUAUCAAAGCUUAUCAGUUCGUCGACUCGCCGGAAUGGGAAGCGAUGCACGAGAACAUUGACGACGUCUUCCAAGUGACGAUACGAGCGGAGGAGUCCAGCAUGUACAUCUGUUGGACCAGGCUGAAGUUGCUCAGGGUACUCAGGCAUAGGCCCCUGCUCAAGGUCGUCCUCAACACCCUCAUCGGUAAGGACAUUACGUCCAAGUUGUACGCCCUUAACGAGCAGCUCGCUGGUGUCGCCGCGGCCAGUGAGACAACCACGUCGAAUCCUUACAGGGGCGUCGCGAGAAGUCUCAGCGUCGACGCUGUAAACACUGAAACUGCCGGAAGAGUACGAUCGACGACGUGGAAGGCACAGAGGAGGCACAGUAACCCGCGUAGCGACAGGAGUUCGCCGUCGCGGUAUUCGCACCAGUACUGGGCGCCGGUGGUGGCGAAUCACUUCCCGCCGACUUCGCCGUUCACCCAGGGCCAAAACCUCGGCUACACGUUGCUGCCGCAGGCUGCCAUUCAGUUCUCACCGCCGUCGCGGGCACCCUUCCUCUCGCACCAGCCGUUGACGCGGCAGCGUGACGUUCGAGACGCCGGUAUGACGGUCGCUCGACGGGGAGGGCCCUGCAAGCGUACCACUUCUGUCGCUGUCGCCGCAGCGUUCCGCCUAGCCCCGUCGAGAUUUCCCAAAAGAGGAUUUGAUCCACCUGUCACGCUGGUUCGUUGCGUGAGGCACGUUGCAGCGUCGUCCAAGAGGAUGCGCACUGUCCGCACUGGCCUAUCCAGCAGCAGCCGCAGCCUAGAGAAGUGUCGCGUUCGAGACAUUUUCAAGGACACGGACGACACGACGCAC